AUGGGAAGCGUAGCGAAGUUCUUAUUAGCUUUUCUAUGCAUCAACAUAUGGCCGCAAGCCACAGAAGCUCUUCGUUUUCAAUUCCGUGUCCAAACCGCAAACGCACAUGACUUUUUGAGGGUUCACAACAAUGCACGAAAGCAAAUAGGGCUUCCGCCAUUGGAGUGGGACGAAAAGCUGGCAGAAUUUGCUCGGCACUACGCCAACCUGAGAGCGGUUUCAGGGUGCGGGAUGAUCCACUCGAACGGGCCCUACGGCGAAAACAUCUUCUGGGGCGGCGGGAAGCAGCUGUGGGGCGGGAGGUUCGCGGUAAAGUCGUGGUCUCAUGAGAAGAAGUUUUAUAAUCACAAGACCAAUAGUUGCGUCCCUGGGCAUAUGUGUGGGCAUUAUACGCAGAUUGUGUGGAAGGACACAAAGCGUGUGGGCUGUGCUCGUGCUGCGUGCACAAAUGGAGGAGGGCAUCUCAUCAUAUGCAACUAUGAUCCUCCAGGGAAUUGGCUUGGAGAGAAGCCCUAUUAG